AUGCGCCGGCGUGGGGAAGCGGGCAUCAAACAAGCCCAAUAUUUCGGCUUAUCCAUGCUGCUGCAGGCUGACCUGGUCGCCCAUCUCGUCCUUCUCGUCUUCUCUUCGUCUCUUCUUCUCUUCGUCUUCCGUCAUGUCCUCCGCGCCAGCCAUGCCAAAAUAAGACACCGACGACCCCAGAGGAGAGGAGAGGAUAAGAGACGAGAGGCGAGAGCAGAAGUGAGGAAGAGAGAAGGACGAGAGGACAAGAGAGAGAAGAUGCAGUCUGAAGAAUCGGAGGCCUACAAGAAUGGCAGCCCGAAGAUGAAGCGGACGUCGAACGGCCAGAUGAAGCGCGUCUCGAGAGCCUGCUACAACUGUCGCCGUCGCAAGUCCAAGUGCGACCUAGACAGCAACGGGCGUCCCGGCCAGCCGCCGUGCAAGCGCUGCCACAACGAGAACCUCAAGUGCGAGCUGGGAACCUCCAACCGCGGCGGGAAACGCAUCAGGAACACGAUCAAGGCCUCUGCCAGCGCAUUGGGCUCGUCCAACGCCGUGCCACCGCCGACCAGGCCGCUGGAAACGUCCAUCAGCCCGCAGAGCACCGAGAACUACAACCACAGCAGAUACAUCUCCCCCUACAACGACCACGACCGCUACGGCCCGUCCGAGGGGCCCCGGGACACCUCCAUCGAGGACGACGACGACGACGACGACUCGACCGGAGAGAGCGCGAUCGACUCGGGCGUCCCCAGGAACCCGUCGGAUGCGUGGCAGCGGCUCACGAACGUGGCCAAGCGAGGUACGGAUGUGCCCAAGGUGGAAGACGGCGCCGAUGGCUUGAUACGCACCAACGGACACGGCGUCAAGAAGGGCAUCUUCGCCUACCGUCUGGUCGAGAACGAGCUGUUGACACACGGCUUCGUCAUGCAGCUCAUCACCCGCUACGCCGAGAACUAUCACUGCUAUUUCCCCCUGGUGCCGCGCAAGUACUUCAACCGGGCCUCCCUCGACCAGUUCGCCUCGGAGGAGAAACAUCUGCUCACGGCCGUGCUCACCGUUGCCUCCAAGGACCUGACCAGCAUGCCCCAGGUCCACCAGGGAUGCUCAAAGUACAUGCUCGAGCUGAUCUCCGGCGUCGCGGCCGGCACCGACUGCGACGUCGAGGCGGUCGAAGCUCUGCUCAUACUGGCCGAGUGGGAGCCGCAGGGCCUCCGUCCGUCUAUCGAGCCCGUAGGCCGCGGCGAGGAGGACCGGGCUGCGUGGAUGCACGUCGGUAUCGCCUUGAGGUCGGGCUACUUCCUCGGUCUGGAUAAGACGUCCUUCCGCAACGAUGCAACGACCGGUGACAGCCAGACCGAUAACCGCAAACGGCUGGCCUGGGCGAGCUGCUAUGUGUCCGACAGGCUGAUAUCCGUGCGGAUAGGGCGGGCGUUUUGGUCGAGAGGCCCCGGGCCCAUGACGGGUCUGGUCAGCCAUGAUUUCCCGUCGUUGCAACCUCAGAACCCGCAGGAUGAGGACUACUCGAAGAUCUUCCAGGCCAUCCUCGACCUGACGCAGCUAUAUGGGAAUGUCCAUGAUGUGCUGUAUUCCGGCAUGCGCACGAGCAGGAAUAUGAUGCUCAUGGGCGACUACGUAAAGUACGUCGAUGAUUUCAGAGUCGCCAUUUCUCGAUGGUACCGUCUAUGGGGUAACAUGGAGUGCUCGUCAAAUCUGAAUGUGAUGCUUCAGAUGUCCUAUGAGUAUCUGAAGCUGUAUACAAACGCCUUUGCCUUCCAGGCUGCCAUCUCGCAGGCCCUGCACAAACCGAAGAGUGAUUCUGUCAGCCAGCGAGACCACCUUCGCGCUGCAUUUAGCAAUGUAGCCUCCAUGCAGGAUUCGCGGUUCAUCUAUGAAUCGGUCGAGGCAGCCAAGUCGUAUCUAACCAUCUUGAACAACUACGUCGACCCGGAAAGACAUCUACAUUUCAUGCCCCUGAGGUUCUACCUAUAUAGCAUAUAUGCUGCAGUCUUUCUGUACAAGGCACGUUCGUUCGGCGUCAUGAACCAGGCAGAAGAAUCCGUCAUCCGCAAGAUGAUCAACGAAACGAUAAACCGACUACGCAGGGCCAGCGCGAGCCCCGACGACGUUGGCUACCGCUACGCGCGACUGCUAGAGCUGCUCUGGAAGCCAAAGGGCCUCUCCAGCUCUACCCUCCCCCCUACAACAAAUGGCAUCACCACCACCAGUAACAACAACAACAUCUACGCCAGUCCCAGCACCAAUCCCAACGCCAACGCCAACCCAAAUGCCGGCAUCAGCAACAGCAACAACAUCAACAGCACCGAUAUCAAUGCCGUGCAAGAACCCCAACCACCCAACGAUAUGCCCCAAACCGGCUCAACGACAUGCCUGCCGGAACCGACGUAUAUGCAGUUCAGUCCCGCGAACGACUUCUCCUGGCUCGACCUGGAAGCUGUAGGCGACUUUGUAUCUGGCGAUGGAGUGGCUACGGGCCCUAGCAUGCUCGGAUUAGAAUGUUUUCAAGGCCUAGAGACGGGAUUACAAGCUGAGAAUCAUGAUAAUGGAACACAGCUGUAUCCGGGCUGGAUGAAUGUGAACGAGAUCCUCCUCUUUUAG